CAGCUGCAAGGAGAAUACAUUGCAGCAAAGGCUGAAAUAUGCCUCUGUUGAGGUAAAUUCCACCACUCCCCUCUCCCCCUCUGCCUUGCAUCCCUUCUGUCUCAAAGGACGAGAAAAAUCGAUUAGCUCUAGAUCAGGAGUCGCAUCUGCGGCGGUGACGGAUAUAUCAUGUAUUAUCUGAUGAGACUUGCACUAUCUGCUUAUUUUGCUUUGUGUCCAUUUACAUUGCUUGGGAAUCCACAUGCUAAUUUCCCUUGUCAGUACUCCAAGUUAGCAGACAAAUUCCCUGGCGGUCCUGACGGUCAUACCAAAAUCGUCGCCGAGAAGAUUGCUGGUCGCUUUGCCGAAUAUCAGUACCUGCCGAAACAACAAGCCAGCCUGUCGGACGUAGUAAAUUCGCUUGCCGAGUCCGGCAAUGUAGGAGAUGUGGCUCUUGCCUCCAUUAGGGAGGGAUUGACAUCCUAUCUAUCUAUCAUACCUCCCAACGAUGCUAAGCAGCCGCUUGACCUUAACUCAUGUCUCGUUGCCACGAGAGCGGGGCUUCCUCGCACCCUAGAAAAAGACUUCACUACCAAGGGCAUGCGGGGGAGUUUGCGUUGCCCUUUUGCGAAGCCUAACAAUAAGCCCUCUGAAAAUGGAGGGUCCGACGGAGUCGAGCUGGCUCCCCAGGAUAACAACGAGGAUACGUGCGGGCAUGCCGACCUGGACCCGAUCAAAGCCGAGCAAAAUGAUAGACGUUCAAGUCGCGCGCCCUCGACCCGGUCUUCGAAUACCCGUUGUCCCGUUUCGCGAUGUCCCAUAAGAUAUCUAGAUCAGCAUAGUCCGGAGGAGAUUGCCGACUAUGUCGAAAGACACAAGCAUGAAAUUCCCAGGAGCCAUGCAAUCUGCGUGCAGCGGUAUCAACGAGACUCGCAGACCAUGCGGCACUUAGAUGCAAAGUAUGGUAAUUUGAUCAGCAUGAUCCAAGGCCUGUCCGUCAAACAUCGAGCCUUCCUACCCGGUACCAACCAGAACGGAGCACCGCCAUCAAGCUCGUCUGCUGAACGAGUAGAGAAAUGGGCCGAAGAGGUGGGCCUGAAAUCGGACAUGCAUCUUCCCAUCAAGGAAGAGAAAGGCGAGGAAGGCGAGGUUGAGCAAGAAGACGAGGAGCGAAAGGGGCAUUUUGAUCGUCCUCUGCGUGAGGUUCGCGUGGGAGAAUCUCCAAGUAGGCCUUGGGGUAUCCCUGUCCCUGUGACGCCGCUCCCUGUUACCACAUCUGCACCUCAAUCUCCAGCAGCCCCCGUUGCCACCUCCCUCGAUUCAACAGCCCAUCCUUCACCUCGAACACCUGCCGUUGAUAUAUCUUCCAACGUGCCCAUGGGCGAUUCGUCGCCCGAGCCUCACGCCGCGCUCCCGAAAGCCGGACGCUGCCCCUUUGGUCACGGUGCGCCUUCUGGUGACAACCGAAACAAGGCCCCAGCAGUUACCCAAGAUGCGAAGACAAUCCGAGACCCCGAGGAAUCAAAUCACACCGAAGACCCUGUGAAGGAAGACCGCGAGAAAUCGCAGGAUGCGGCCACUCCUACGCCGCACCCGGCGAAGAACAGCGUGGUGUUCAAUGGUCCGGUGUUUUUCGGGUUUUCUGCAGAGCAGACGGCCUUAUUUUUGCAGCAGCCGGGCAAGUUAGGGCACUUCGAGUGAAUCUUGCAGUCUUGAUUUCCCCCUUCUGAUCACUUGAUAUUCUAAUGAUGCUAUGACAUAUUAUUCAUGACUCUGUACAUAACGCAUAUUUUGUGUAUAUUUGACAUAUCAGGACAUAUCAGCUAACGCUAGUGUCUGC